GGUCCUUCGCUGGCGAUGCAUUUGCUACGUAAGGACUGGACUUACUUUAAACAAUAGUGAAGUUAUAAAAGUGAUUAUACAAAGCAGGAAAAAUAAUCUUUUGUUUCUCAUAAAAUAUAGUGAAUGUUUGCAUCUUGUUGAGAUGCUGCUUCUAUUGGUGUGGGUGGUGGCCGCGGGGUGCGCGACAUGGUUGUACUUCCGUCAAGUGUACUCGCGGUUCAGCCGGUACGGCGUGCGCUCGCUGCGCCCCCUGCCACCCUUCGGCAACAUGGCGAGGAUCACCAUGCGACAGGAGCACUUCUCAGACAGUAUUGAAAAGCUCUACGAAGCCUUCCCUGAUGAUAGGUUUGUGGGCAGAUACGAGUUCCUGAACCCAAUGGUGAUGAUCAAAGACAUAGAGCUGAUAAAGAAGAUCGCGGUGCGUGACUUCGAACACUUUCUCGACCACCGUGCCUUCGUCGACGAGCAACUCGACCCGUUCUUUGGACGGAAUCUGUUCGCUUUGAAAGGUCAGGAAUGGAAAGACAUGCGCUCUACCCUAAGCCCCGCAUUCACCAGCUCCAAGAUGCGACUCAUGGUGCCCUUCAUGGUGGAAGUCGGCGAGAAGAUGAUGGAAUCAUUGAGAAUAAACAUGAAAAACUCAAAAAAUAAUUCUAUCGACGUCGACUGUAAGGACUUGACGACUAGAUACGCAAAUGACGUCAUCGCUUCCUGUGCCUUCGGCCUUAAGGUGGACUCGCACACGAACAGAGACAACGAGUUCUACAAAAUGGGCAAAGUCGCUUCCACUUUCGACUUCAAUCAGUUGCUCAAGUUUCUGUUGCUCAUUUCUUGGCCUAAUGUUUCAAAGGUUCUUCGCGUGAGCCUGUUCACACCGGCGAUAAAGAACUUCUUCCUAAAUCUAGUGCUGGGUACGAUGAGCGACCGCGAGGCCAAACAGAUCGUCAGGCCUGACAUGAUACACCUGCUGAUGGAGGCCAAGAAAGGUCGUUUGACACACGAAGAAAAAUCCGCCGCUGACGCAGAUGCAGGCUUCGCUACGGUCGAGGAGUCUUCUGUUGGCAAGAAGAAUAUAGAUCGAGUGUGGUCGGACACAGACCUAGUGGCGCAGGCUGUGGUGUUCUUCAUCGCGGGCUUCGAGGCAAUCUCCGCGGCGAUGUCGUUCGCGCUGUACGAGAUGGCGUUGCACCCCGACGUCCAGGAGCGCCUGCAUCGGGAGAUCCGCGAGUACGAUGACAGGAACAAGGGCGCGAUCGACUACACCUCCAUACAAAACAUGCCCUAUCUGGACAUGGUCGUGUCUGAGGUGCUUAGACUGUGGCCACCCGCCUUAGCAUUGGACAGACUUUGUGUCAAAGAUUACAGCUUAGGAAAAGCAAAUAAAGAAUGUACUCAUGACUACGUAGUGCGCAAGGGCGAGUCGAUCAUGAUUCCCGCGUGGUCUAUCCACCGCGACCCCGCCUACCACGCGCGGCCUUUACAAUUCGACCCGGAGCGCUUCUCUGAUGAGCGCAGGCACCUCAUCAAGCCGUUCACGUACAUGCCCUUCGGCCUCGGCCCCAGGAACUGCAUCGGUUCCCGGUUCGCGCUUUGCGAGGUUAAGGUUUUGCUGUACCAACUGUUGCUGCAAGUGCAGGUUUCUCCGUGCGAGAAGACCUGCAUUCCGGCCAAACUUUCACCGGAUACGUUCAACAUCAGGAUGAAAGGCGGACACUGGCUAAGGUUCACACUCAGGGAGUAAAGAAGAGAUUCAUUGAGGGAUCGAUACGAGAGAUUAAACAAAGAUUUGUGUACAUUUUAUUUCGUAAUAAAAAUUUUGUGAAAUAUAUAACUAAAAUAAAUUAUAAUAAACAAAUAUCUAGUGCAGAACAUGUAAAAAAGUUGCAGAAGUAUUUACAAUUUCCAAAAUAGAUGUCACUUUCUAGAAUUUUUUACCUUACUGACAUCUCCUGCCCAAAAGCAUCUACUUUAUUGAUUUACUUGUUACUAGAUGUCGCUUUUAUGCAUUUUUCUUUCUUUCACCUUACUGACAUCUGUUGUUCAAACAAAUCAACUUUAUUGUACUGCUUGUUACUAGAUGUCGCUGUAAUUAGAAUAUUUCGAAUAACCAGUGGUUUAGUGUAUAAACGUGAAUGAAGAUGGCAGUAGUGCUUAAAGCUUUAGGAUUUUAUGUUCCAUUUUGAAGUGAUCCAGAUAUUUUGCGAAAAUUGUAUAAUAAGAUGAAUAAAUUGAUGAUAGAACGAUGUUCCAAAAUUGGAAAGCCUUGCUAAAGUCUAUAGUGAAACAUAUUCAAGUUUGUUUAUCUUGCAUUUGUACAGGCUUGGCGGCAAUUAUUGUGCCAUUUUUCUUAUGGUAAUAAAAUGCUUAAGAUGACUGAAUAAAAUUACUGCAUUUACGUGAUAGAAGUAGCAUGUUCUAUUGCUGCGUUGCUCGCGACUACUUCGUCGGGGAAAUUAUGGAUAUUAUUUAUGAUGCUCAGUGUUUUUUCAGAAAAGCGCAGUUGUAACAAGUUGUGAAAGUGAACUUGAAAGUUCGGACAGAGAAGGAAAUAUUCUUAUUUAUUGUUAUCAAAAAGUAAAAUUAGAGAACCUAAUAUUAUUUAAUUUGAGAAACAGGUAUAAUACAAAUAAAAAGUUGUUUGCCGCUCGCUUGGCGCAUUUCACUGCAGUGGAGGUGAAAGGCUAAUGAAGUAUUUUGAGAGUUUGGGAUAAAAAUAAACAAAAUGUGACAUUCAUAAUUCGUGUAUUCGUCAUCAACAACAUGAAACAAUCAGUAAACAUAAAACUCUGUUCGAUUGCACAUUGGUCGGCGUCUGGCUCACUUACACUAUGCACAAACAACUAUAACACCAGGACAUAUCCAGGACUAAAAGUAAACAAAUAAACUAAACUAAACAAAUAUAAUAUACUGGAAACGAAACAGACUUUACGUGAACUUACAUAUUAAUAUUAUCUAUAAUAUCUUUAAAAGAAUAUUGUAAAAUUGUAGAACAAAUAAAAUGUAAAUAUAUUAUGCAACAUAUCUUUUCUAUGAUUAACACAACUUUCAAAAAUGGAUCUACAAUAAUCUCUUUGUAGCAGAACUCUUAUUUAAUUAACAAGUUUAAUGAAUUUCUCCAUUAACCACUCCAUAAAUGUUAAUUUUACAUCAUGCCUUAGUUUUACGUAUAUCAGUUACGUUUUGUUUUACAAAUACAUACAUGUAAUUCAUGGGCUAAGUCCGAGCGCUCAUUCUCGUAGUUUGGAAAUAAAACAAUAGAUGAAUGUUUGUCAGUCAGUCAGUCAGUGGCAGCUCGUAGUCAGCACACGAUACGGUGUAGUUGGAAAGUCAUGAAUCACGGUAAGUUGUGUCACUGGGUGAAUAAACUGGGCUUUUAUAUGAACACAAUUGUGUUGCACAUCGCAUCCCUGUGACGUACUGUGUGUGGCUAAACCUUUGUAUACAAUGAUUUCACAUUUUAUGCAUCACACCGCUCUACGUGUUCUUCGAAUUACUGUAAAAGCGUAUUAACUCUAUUAUUAUUAUUUUUUUUGUAUUUUAUUUAUUUGAAACAAUCAUUAAGUCCAAAAUAAAGCCGUGUAUAAAUAAUAAAUAUAUUUUUGUGAUAUUAUCGUUAUUUGGACUAGAUAUUAAACAUUUUGAUUUGCCUGUAUAUAGCAAUGGUAUAUAAAACUUUAUCAAAACACGUUUAGCACAUGGCGUGCAGCGUGAGUCUUACAUUGAACAUAUAACAUUAUUUAUAAGACACAGAAUUUGUACUGUUUGUGUUUUUUUUUCAAAUCCUGUAUACAAUUGACUUUUUUGGAGCGGGACCUAACUAUCGUCAUACUUUCGUGUACUGAAAUAAAUUUGAACUAAUAACUAUACGUCAUUUUAUAGCAAAUUAUAGCACAGCUUGUAAACAUUGAUUUCAUCUGUGUGUGUGUGUGUGUGUGUUCUAAUGUUUUAUAUUUAUGUAGGUAUAUGGAACACUAUCCACCUGCGUCAUCUUGCACCCGAUGAAUUUAAA